AAGAGAAUUCGUCGGAUGCACUUACUGAAACGAAAACGUGUAAUGGUGCUUUUGGAUAUAACGUACCUACCCUGACAGUUUUUGAAGCGAGUAUUUGGCUAGUUUGCGUAUGAUGAGAUUACAGGCAAAUAGAUACACUGAAGUCAGAUCCGACUGAGCACCAGACGAAAAAGAAACCAAGUGCGUAGUUGCAAAUACAAAGUUAUAACGCUGAAAGAAAAGUCACCUAGGAGGAAUCGAUUAAUUCUCUCACAAAGAAGGAAUACAAUAUCUGAAGUACAGUCAGUGAAAAUACGGAUGGACUGCGUAUAAACUUCAAAUUUCGCGCAAUUAAAACCGGUUUCCGAAAUAGGAUACUAUUCAAUUCACAUCUGAAGACAGCAAAGCAAGCGGUGAAUUGUUGAAGGUAGUAGAUUAGGUAUAACUUCAAACCACAGGAUAUGUGUAGGUAUUUGGAUAUCCUUUAAACGCUCAGUUGCAAAUGAAAUUGAGAUAGCACAUCACUGGAAACCGAACAAAGCGAAUACAUCAACAUGUUACUAUGAACGGCAUCAUCAGUGGGACUCCGUUUAACACAACAUUACCACAGCAUAAGUUUCAUAUCCCGGAGCGCGAUGACUUGUACACAACGUCUAGCGUUGCAGUCAAAAGUAACAGGCAUUUAGUGUGUGGAUCUGUACAUCCACUGCACAGCCAGCUGCUGCAAAGAAGCGCCUGCCAGUGAUCUAGGUAAUCGCAGCGAGAGCGGAAAUAUAGUUUCCCACAGGUCGAUUUCAAUGUUUGUUUUGAAACAGUAAAAAAAAACUUAAGCUAACGAGUGGGGGAAGCCACAAGGACCCAUUUAAACCUGUCGCACCCUUCGCAUGACUUGCGGGAAAGCGUGUAAUGCCAGGCUAAAGAGGAAAACGUAUUGCACGGCGCCUUACAAAGUACCUGGGCACGAUCCAUCCAAAAUGAUUGGGCAUAUAAAAGAACAUACCCGAAGUAACGUUGAUAAUAAAAACAUCACCAAAGAGAUUACAAGCAGCAGAUCAUCAGGCAACAACGGGAAUGGAAGGAGAAAGUUUGCAUUGAGUGCAUGGAUUGUGUGGGCGUUCUUGUUUUUUAAUACCCACGUGUUGAAAGCUCUGGCCCAAGGUGAUGUGGCCCCAUAUUUCAAAACCGAGCCAGGGCCCCCAGAAAUCCACCUGGAGGGGAAUCGCUUGGUCAUGACCUGUCUGGCUGAGGGGAGUUGGCCCCUGGAGUUCAAAUGGAUGCUCAACAACACAGACAUCACAUCCUUCUCUCCCGAAUACAAGUACACCAUUCGGUCUCUGCACCGCUCGAAUGUUGGAUUUUACCAGUGCGUGGUGAGGAACAGGAUGGGCACUCUCAUUCAGAGGAAAGCGGAAAUACAGGUGGCUUACAUGGGGAACUUCGUGGAGUCGGAGCAGAGGAAGACGGUGACGCAGGGCAAAGCGGCCGUGCUCAGCUCGCCGGCGGUCAGCUGCUUCCCCCAGCCGCAGGUCACGUGGUUCCGAGACGGCUACAAGAUCAUCCCCAGCGGCAGAGUAGCCAUAACACUGGACAACCAGCUGGUGGUGAUGUCGACAGCCGCGGCCGACGCAGGGAGGUACUACGUUCAAGCGGUCAACGAAAAGAACGGGGAAAACAAGACGAGCCCGUCCAUCUUCCUGAACGUAGCGGUAAGCAAGAAGAACCGAGGAUCUGUAGAUUCAGACAGUCCCGCGGACCCUGUGGCACCAGCGAUUGUGAUUCCUCCCAGGAACACGACGGUAGUGGCGGGGGUCAACGAGGCCACGCUGGAGUGUGUGGCUAAUGCAAGGCCGGUGGAGAAACUCCGACUGUCGUGGAAGCGAAACGGCGUGGAGCUGACAAGCGGCGUGGGCAUGUUCGGGAGGAGGCUGACCAUCGUCAACCCCACCUCCGCCAGCGUGGGUCCGUACGUGUGCGAGGCGUCGCUGUCGGACGGCAGCGCGAAGACCGCCGAGGCCAAAGCCUUCCUCUUCCUCACAGAGUCCCCUUACUUCACUGCCGAGCCCAAGAGGAAAACCAUGGGAGAGGUGGAGAAAACCGUGGACAUCCAGUGUCAAGCGAGAGGAGUCCCCACGCCCCGACUGGAAUGGUACAAGGACUCGGUGCCGCUUCAGAGGUUGAACAACCCCCGCUACAGGGUGAUGUCCAGCGUCGGCCUGCAGAUCCGGAGGGUGCAGCCCAACGAUGCCGGAAUCUUCCAGUGCUUCGCUAGGAACUCGGCCGGAGAGAUACAAGCGCACACCUACCUGGAUGUCACCAGCAUGGCCCCCGUCUUCACCUGGGCCCCCUCCGACAUCACGGUGACCGACGGCGCCGUGGCGACCUUCACCUGCGAGGUCUCGGGCGCGCCCAAACCCGCCGUCACCUGGAAGAGAGGCACUCAGAUUCUGGCCAGCGGCUCUGUCCAGAUCCCGCGCUUCACCCUCUUGGAGUCCGGAGGGCUGCAGGUGGCGCCCGUCUUCCUCCAUGACACUGGCAGCUUCACCUGCUAUGCCAGCAACUCCCAGGGAGCCAUCAACGCCACCUCCGCCCUGACCGUGUGGAGCCGCACGUCCAUCUCCCAGCCCCCCACAGACCGCCGCGUCAUAAAAGGGACGAUGGCCGUGCUGGACUGCGGGGCCACCCACGACCCCCGAGUGUCCGUCAGGUAUGUGUGGAAGAAAGACGACGUCGUGGUCAGCCAGUCCAGCGGGGGGCGCGUGACCUUGAAGGACGGCUCCCUGCAAAUCAGCCAGACCUGGUCGGGCGACAUCGGGGAUUACACCUGCGACGUUCUCUCUCAGGCCGGCAACGACUCCAAAUCGGCGCGCUUGGAGGUCAUUGAACUGCCCCACUCCCCGCGGAACCUGCAGGCCAGCCUGAAUGCCAACUACAGCCGCAUGGUGGACCUGUCCUGGGUGCGGCCCUUCGACGGAAACAGCCCCCUCCUGCACUACAUCGUGGAGCUCUCCGAAAACAACUCCCCGUGGAAGACGUACCUACCCAAAGUGGACCCCGUCCUGACGGGGGCGGUAGUGAGGGGGCUGACCCCAGCCCGCACGUACCAAUUCAGGGUCUGUGCCGUCAACCAGGUGGGGAAGGGGCAGUACAGCGCAGCCACAAACAGGCUGAUGCUGCGGGAGGAGGCGCCCAGCGCCCCGCCAAAGAACAUUGUGGCCAGCGGCCGGACCAACCAGUCCAUCAUGGUGCAGUGGCAGCCUCCCCCCGAGGCCGAGCUCAAUGGGGUGCUGCGGGGUUACGUCCUCAGGUACCGCCUGGCGGGACUCCCCGGCGAGUACCAGCUGAAGAACAUCAGCAGCCCGGAGGUAAACUACUGCCUGAUCGGGGACCUCAUCAUCUGGACGCAGUACGAGAUCCAGGUGGCGGCCUACACGGGGGCGGGCCUGGGCGUGUUCAGCGCGCCCCUGUCGGAGUACACUCUGCAGGGAGUGCCAACAGCACCCCCGCAGAACGUGGAGGCCAAGGCUCUCAACUCGACCACCGUCAAGUUCACAUGGAACCCACCUCCGCAGCAGUUCAUCAACGGCAUCAAUCAGGGCUACAAGCUCCUGGCGUGGCCGGAACGGUCACCCGAAGCUGUUACCGUGGUGACCAUCACCCCAGAUUUCCACGGCGCUCGUCACCUUGGUUACAUCAGUGGCCUCAGGAAAUUCACGUGGUACCUGACGUCGGUGCUGUGCUUCACCACGCCGGGAGAUGGGCCCAGCAGCCCUCCGCAGAUGGUCCAGACCCACGAGGACAAACCGGGCCCGGUGGGUCACCUGAGCUUCACGGAGAUCUUGGACACCUCUCUGCGGGUCGGCUGGCUGGAGCCCGUGGAUAAGAACGGCGUGAUCACAGGCUACCUGGUUUCUUGGGAGGUGCCGGGAAAGAACUCCUCCCGGGUGUCACGCACGCUGGCCAACACCACCCUGGAGUACAAGGUGACCGGGCUCACCUCCCUCACGACCUACACCCUGGAAGUGGCGGCCAUGACAGAGGCCGGGACGGGCGCCGUCACAUCCUCCACCAUCUCCUCAGGGGUCCCCCCGGAGCUUCCUGGAGCUCCAUCAAACCUUGUGAUUUCCAAAAUAAGCCCCCGAUCGGCCACGCUCAAGUUCCGUGCUGGGGACGAGGGGAAAACAUCGAUCUCCAAAUGGAUUGUGGAGGGGCAGGUGGGCAGCAUCAGCGAGGAUGAGGAGUGGACGAUUCUGUAUGAAAAGGAGAAUGAACCAGAUGCUCAGGUGCUGGAAAUCCCCAACCUUACACCCUUCACUCACUACAGGUUCCGGAUGCGUCAAGUGAACAUCGUGGGUUCCAGCCCCGUGAGCCAGCCCUCCCGCGUGAUACAGACCCUGCAGGCGCCCCCAGACGUGCCGCCCGGUAGCGUGACUGUGCGUACGGCCAGCGAGACCAGUCUAUGGAUGCGAUGGAUGCCGUUACCUGACUCCGAGUACAACGGGAACCCGGAGGGCGUGGGCUACCGGAUCAGGCUGUGGCGGGCGGAGUCGCAGGGCGAGCCCCGGGUCCACGUGGUGAGCGACAGGCUGGAGAGGGAGAUCACCCUGGAGGGCCUGGAGGAGUGGACCGAGUACCUGCUGCAGAUCCAGGCCUUCAACUCCAUCGGCCCCGGGCCCUGGAGCGAGACCGUGAGGGGCCGCACGCGGGAGUCGGUGCCGUCUGGGGCCCCUGAGAAUGUGACGGCGGAGGCGGUGAGCUCCACGGGGAUCCUCGUCUCCUGGGGGCCCGUGCCAGAGCAGGAGCAGAACGGGCACAUUCUGGGAUACAAGGUGCUGUACAAGGAGAAGGAUUCAGACUCGGAGCCCCAGGUGCACCUGGUGAAAGGGAACCUGACGCAGUCUGUGCUUCUGCGAAACCUGCGCCGGUACGUCCUGUACCAGAUCCAGGUGCUCGCCUUCACCCGCAUCGGUGACGGGGAGCCCAGCAGCCCGCCGGUGCUGGAGAGGACUCAGGACGACGUCCCCGGGCCGCCCGUGAGGCUGGUGUUCCCGGACGUGGGCCUGACGGAGGUGAGGGUGGUGUGGCAGCCCCCGGUGGACCCCAACGGCAUCAUCUUGGGGUACCAGAUAGCCUACUGCCUGAACGCCAGCAGCCCUAAGCAGUUCACCACGGUGGAGGUGGACUCUGACGCCCGCCAGUUCACCGUGACCCGUCUGGCUCCGGAGUCGCCGUACAUAUUCCGCAUCUCCGCCAGAACCCAGCAGGGCUGGGGCCCCCCCGAGCAGGCGGUCGUCAUAACGACGGAAACGCGAGAGCGUCCUCAGCCCCCGAAGGAGCUGAGCGUGUCCCAGGAGGAGGUGCGCUCCCGCCGGCUGCUCCUGCGCUGGGUCCCGGGAGGGGACGGCUCCUCGCCCGUGCGCUACUUCACCCUGCAGACCCGCGAGCUGCCCGACGGAGACUGGCGCACCCACUCCUCCGCCAUCCGGCCCAACAGCACCUCCUGGGAGGUGGAGAGACUGAAACCCUUCACGUCGUACAAGCUGAGGAUGCUGGCGACCAAUGACAUCGGAGACAGCGCCUACAGCAAUGAGACGGGACCGGUCACUACUUUACAAGACGUUCCCGAUGAACCUCCCGUCAUUCUGACCGUGAAGCCGUCCACAACCACUUCAGUCCUGGUCCGGUGGCAGGCACCCAGAGACGACAGCGUGAACGGGGUUCUGCUGGGAUACCGGCUGUUCUACCGCGAGCUCCAGUACGACAGCGCCCCACCGGAGUCGAGGACAGCCGCCAACACCUCCUCCGCACGAGCCCACGUGACGGCGAAAAGCUCUUUCAAGACGGUGAGCGGGGCUUCAUCAACAGAAUUCGAGCUAACACAGCUUAGCAAGUACAGGCGCUACGAAAUCGUGAUAACGGCCUACAACAUCAUCGGCGAGAGCCCGCCCAGCACGCCCGUGGAGGUGUUCGUCGGCGAAGCGGCUCCGUCGGUGGCCCCUCAGAGCAUCCAGGUGAACACGCUGUCGGCCACGCAGCUGGAGGUGCUGUGGGAGGCUCCGCCCGUGGAAACUCAGAACGGCAACAUCCAGGGCUACAAGAUCCAUUACUGGGAGCAGGGCAGUCAGAACGAAACGGAAAAGGUGAAAGUUCUGUUCCUCCCCGAGACGGCCGUGAGGCUGAAGAACCUCACCAGCUACACCACCUACCUGGUGAAGCUGUCGGCUUUCAACGCCGCCGGCGACGGGCCCCUCAGCGAGCCCCGGAUGGGCCGCACCCUUCAGGCAGCUCCCAGCAUUCCUAGCUUCAUCACCUUCUCGGAGGUCUCCAGCACCACGCUCAACGUGUCCUGGGGCGUGCCUCUAGCCCCCAAUGGUGUGCUGGAGGGGUACAGAGUGGUGUACGAGCCAACCGCUCCAAUCCACGGUGUAACCAAGGUGGUGACCGUGGAUGUCAGGGGCAACCGACAGCGCUGGCUGAAGGUGCGAGACUUGACCCAGGGCGUGACGUACUGCUUCCGCGUGCAGGCCAAGACCAUCAGCUUCGGCCCCGAGCUGGAGGCCAACAUUACCGCGGGACCAGUGGAAGGGUCUCCUGGUUCCCCAAAACAGAUGUCAAUCACAAAGUCUUCCUCUGGUGUCACCAUUCAUUGGUCGGCAGGAGAUACAGGGACAGAGCCUGUCACAGGUUAUGUGAUUGAGGCACGCCCUUCAGAUGAGGGAUUGUGGGAUGCCUUUGUGAAGCACUUGCCUCCCAGCAGCACGUCCCAUUCCAUCAGUCUGGACCGCCUCAGGCAGGGGGUGAGCUACCAGUUCCGGGUGCUCGCCGUGAACUCGCAUGGCUACGGCGAGCCUAGUGCGCCCUCUGCUGCCAUGUCGGCCCAGGUGGAGACGCCGUUCUACGAGGAGUGGUGGUUCCUGGUCGUCGUGGCACUGUGCGGCGUGAUCCUCGUCCUGCUGGUGGUCUUUGGGUUGGUUCUGCAUGGCCAGAACAAGAAGUACAAGAGCUACACCACAGGGAAAGCCGUUUCCACAGUAGAAGAGUCCGUCACCCUUGACAACGGAGGCUUUACAGCACUAGAGCUCAACAGUAGGCUGAAUGUCAAAAGCUCUUUCCUGAAGAAGAAUGGGACCAGGUCCCCGCCCCGGCCGAGCCCCGGAGGACUGCGCUACUCGGACGAGGACAUCUGCAACAACUACAACGGCGCGGCGCUGACCGACAGCGGGUCGCUGACGGAGAAGCCGGCCGCCGUCACCGAACUGGAGGACACGGACAGCGAAGGCGAGGACGAGCGGCCCAAGCACUCGUUUGUAAACCACUACAUGACUGACCCCGCCUACUACGGCUCGUGGAAACGGCAGCACAAGGGUCUGAAGCAGACCCUGGCCUACGCCUAUGAGGAGUGCGCCGGGGCGGAGCCUGACGCCUACUAUCAGACUGUGGUCACCACCCACAGCGUGGGCGGGGCUUACACCCCAACCGGACAGCCCGACCCUGGCUCCCGGACUCCCGCCACAGGCUUUUCCUCUUUUGUGUGACCCGGGUAACCACCCCCCCCCC